ACUUUUUUUUACUUUGUUUCAUCUUUUACUCUGAUACCUGUGAACAUGCACGGUGCCAUGUUGGGUUCUACCCACCCGGGUCGCUAGCUGCAGAGGACAAAGCUCAGCGCUGAAUAACGGUGUAAGCGGACUUCAGUGUUCAUACCGGUGAAGACGAGAUGCAGUUCAUGCUUCUGUUCAGUCGACAGGGCAAGCUCAGGCUUCAGAAAUGGUACGUGCCUUUGUCUGAUAAGGAGAAAAAGAAGAUCACCAGAGAGUUGGUGCAGACAAUCCUGGCUCGGAAGCCCAAAAUGUGCAGCUUCCUAGAGUGGAGAGACCUGAAGAUUGUAUACAAGAGAUACGCCAGUUUGUAUUUCUGCUGUGCCAUCGAGGACCAGGACAAUGAGCUCAUCACACUGGAGAUCAUCCACAGAUAUGUGGAGCUGCUGGAUAAAUACUUUGGCAGUGUUUGUGAGUUGGACAUCAUUUUCAACUUUGAGAAGGCCUACUUCAUUCUCGAUGAAUUCUUGUUGGGUGGGGAGGCUCAGGAGACGUCGAAGAAGAAUGUAUUAAAGGCCAUUGAGCAGGCUGACCUGCUGCAGGAGAAUAUAGACUUUCAGAUGCGUCUGUUUGCAGGUGUGAUGGUCCCAAAUAUGGCCUCUGAGUCCUCUGGUCUUUUCCAGAAUUAGGCCCACUGAGCCCCGUCAUGAGUACUUUAAUGUGCCUGUGUACUGAUUGGCUGCCACCGCUGCUGCUGCUGCCGCCACUGCUGCUGCCACUAUCCACCCUGCAUGCUGAGCUCCUCAGUGCCUGGCACCUUUCUCUCUGCACUCUGAGCACCUCUCAUUGUCAUUGGUUAGGGGGGGUGUCAUAACCUUCACUGUUGCUCACUCAGUUCACUGUUCAAUUCAGUACAUGGCAGUCAUGAUACAAUGUUGUCACAAAAUUUAAAAGUAAGUUUAAAGCUACAGUAAUUGACGAACACAUUUAGGUCGGAUUGUUGGGAGAACAAGGAGGUCAAUGUCUUUAAUCGUUAUUAUGACAUGAACCAGUUAUAGUAUAUAUAUGUGUAAUGAGUCAUAAGUUCUGUAGCGAUAUAUUGUUACAUGCCUGUCAUCGCUCCACUUAUUUGUUUCACCAGCAGGGCAGCAUGUGCCAUCAUCACACAAAGUAUGCAGUUUAACUAAUGAUUUUGAACUUAAGGUCCACUUACCAGAAUUCAGUUACAUCUCUUUUAUCCUUUUUCCUUUCGUGGGUUUUACUGUUUUUAAGAUUUUUUUUUUUUUUUCAAUAGUGGCAAACAAAACCUUUAUUUGAAUUACCUGCUGUUCUUUUAGUUUAAAGAAGAUCUGUCUGUGCACUGUUGGAUCACAAUGACACGUGAAUAAUAUUUUAUAAAAAUAGGGACAAUUUCAUAUCCAGUAUUUUGUUAUGAUGGAUGGUCUCUACAUGGGUUAUUACCAUUCAGAAUAAGUGGGGGAAGUCUGCCCCCUGUUGCACAGGCUGUAGUACAGAUGCACAAAAUGUCGGUGUUUGAUUCUGCACUAUACCUUUAGAGUAUGUAAAUGCUUGAGGGCCACAUCACAAUUUAUUAGCAUCUGAAUUCUGAUGUUAUUUAAACACAGAUUUAACAUUUAAGUCAUUAUUUUAUCAAAGACGUGUUUCGUUUUUCACUAUCCGUCCUUUUUUAACGUCUGAAUUCACAUCCCUUCAGCCCAUCCCACGAGUAAAUUCUACAUUUGUUUAUCUUGUCUUUUUUUUCAUAUAUUCUCACUUCUCAUCAGACAGUAUGUAUUUGGAUUUAAGGAUUUGUCCUUGUUGUGAUGUUAGGAUUUGUUAUAGCUUUAAGUAUGAAACAGUUUCUUGCUCAGACCGUGGUACGAACACAAGAUCGCCUAGUGUUUAAAUAUUUGUCCAGUAAUAAGCUGAGUUGUUAUUCUAUAUCUUUAAAUUGAUAGACCCUGAUUAUUUCCUAUUUAGAUAAAUAGAAAAAAGGUCACUCUCAAGGUAAGUUAUAAUAUUUAUUCAUACUGAAUAAAUAUUUGCACUUUGCACAGAUUAACCAAGGGCUUUAUAGGCAUUAAAACAUAAUUUAGACAGAUAUACAGAUAUUUUAGACACUUAGACUGAUCCGUCAUAAUUGCACACUGUCUAAGCACUUAAGAUAUUUUAUAUGAACCGUCAUUGUUCACCUGUGUCCAACUCAUGAAGCCAGAUUGCAUCAAUAGACCGCCGUGGUUAAUUUGAUCAAUGUACAUGAUAGAUCAUCAAUAAAUUGUUAAGAUUCUUUGUCA